AACACCAAACGGGUCUUCAGGACGAUAUUUGCAUGAGUCCAUUGCAACUUAGGAGAAGCUAUAAUUAAUUUUAUACUUAUAUUCAGCUAAAAUAACACACCAUUGGGACCAAUCUACAUCCAAGAUUAGAAGCUUCACAUCAUAAAAAUCAACUCAUCCCACUUGCAGACCGUUUUACAAGUCAAGAGUCGGGCUUUUCUAUUUUCCCUUCCAACCGCGUUUCAGAAAUUUACAUCUCCGUUACAAAUCGAAUAAAAUUAUAUAACAUAACUGUAUUGUUAAUCCUAAACCUUCAAAGUUUUUUUUUUCAUUUUUAUUACACAUAUACAAGACAGAAACUGUGAGCUAACCAUGGCUGAGUCUAACGGGGAGGAUCCAGCUAAGUCUUUAGCCCCACUUUAUCUCACUCCCCGUAGCGACCAGCCCGAAGAAGACCAGUACCAAGACCAAACCAAACAACACGUCCACCACGACCACCAACGGACCAAACUAAUCUUAUGUUGUGGCUUCAUCUUAUCUCUAACCAUACUCAUCGCAGUCACUUUCAUCAUCCUCUCCCUCACGGUCUUCCACCUCCACAGCCCGAAGCUCACCGUAACUUCCAUAUCCAUCAUCCAACCGUUGGACUUCGUCAACGGUAAAGUCAACACGACUCAAAACGCUACCCUCGCAGUGGAGAUCUCAUUACAUAAUCCUAACCCUGCCGUGUUCAAAGUUAAAGACGUUUCGGUUUUGUUUUACCACGAUGAACUGGUGGUGGUGGUUGGGGAGAGUAUUAGAAGAAGCGAAACUAUUCCGGCGAAAAGGACGGUUGAGAUGAAUCUAACGACGGAGAUCGAUACGAGAAAGCUACUAGCAUCUGUUCCAGGUCUAAUGGAGGAUUUUAACGGAAGCGUGGUGUUGAGAAACAGAGUUGCAGUUAACGGUAAAGUGAAGAUGAUCAAGAUUUUCAAGAAGUCUGUUCAGCUCAAGACAGAUUGUGUCGUGACGAUGAUGAUGAUGAACAACUCAUCAAAGCCUAGUUUUGAUUGUAAUAGGACAAGAAACACGUACGAACAUGUUCGAAACUGAAAGAUCAAAUUUUUAUUUAUAAAUGUCUGUAAAUAAACUCAGUUCACAUGUAAAAAAAGGAAAGAUGCAUUGUAAAAUCAAAAAGACAAGUUUUGGUUUGCACCGGUUAAUAUGAAUCACUCACCGGUUUA